GUUUUUGGAAACCACUCUGAGCUAUAAUACCUAAGUUAGAGAGCACUCUUCAUCUUCAAGUCCUCCCCACUUUCACUGCUCCCCCAUCGUCAUGCUCCCCGCACCCAUUUCCCUAAUCUUGAAAUUUUGAUUUGUUGAAAGUAAGGUUUUGCAUGCCUAUAAACAAAUAUAGAGUUAGGACUGAAGAUUAACGCAGUUCUAGGUUCGAGCAGAUGCGAGAGGCGAGAGCCUUUUCAUUUUUACCAAUCUCCUUUCUUUCACAAUCAUCUUUGAAGCUGUAGCUGAAACCUGAGCUGGAAAAGUCCCAGAAUUCUUUAUCUGUGAAAAUCUGCAUUCUCUUUUCACCGCUGCAAAUGUGGUGUUGGAGUUGAUAAGCUUAUGAACAUGGAAAAAGGAUUUUACUUGUCAGUGACUUAGGGUUUAGAUUUGUAGAAUUAGGUGGGGAGCUGUGGUGCGGUGGUUUGGAGAUGGACGGAAGAAGGAUAACGGCCAGUCCGCGGCCGUGCUCUGGACGACGCGUGUUGGCGAAGAAGAGACCCCGGGGUGCCAUGGAUGGGUUCGUUAACAGCGUUAAGAAGCUCCAAAGGAGGGAGAUUUCAUCGAAGCGUGACCGAGCUUUUAGUAUGAGCGAUGCCCAGGAGCGAUUUCGCAACAUUCGACUCCAGGAGGAAUAUGAUACUCAUGAUCCGAAAGGACAUUGUGAUAUGAUACUCCCGUUUCUGAAGAAAAGGUCAAAAAUUAUUGAGAUAGUUGCUGCAUGUGAUAUUGUCUUCGCUCUUGCACAGUCUGGUGUAUGUGCUGCAUUUAGCCGAGAGACCAACAAAAGGAUUUGUUUUCUUAAUGUCUGCCCAGACGAAGUUAUACGGAGUUUGUUUUACAAUAAAAAUAAUGAUUCUCUCAUCACUGUCUCAGUUUAUGCUUUGGAUAAUUUUAGCUCCUUGAAGUGCCGGACCACAAGGAUCGAAUAUAUAAGAAGGGGAAAACCAGAUUCCGGCUUUGCACUUUUUGAUUCAGAGUCAUUGAAGUGGCCUGGUUUUGUGGAGUUUGACGAUGUAAAUGGGAAAGUUCUAACCUACUCUGCCCAGGAUAGCAUAUACAAGGUGUUUGACCUGAAGAAUUAUACAAUGCUGUAUUCCAUAUCAGAUAAAAAUGUUCAAGAAAUUAAAAUAAGUCCAGGAAUCAUGCUAUUGAUAUAUGCCAAGGCUAGUUGCUAUGUUCCCCUUAAGAUUCUGUCUAUUGAAGAUGGGUCUAUACUCAAAUCCUUCAACCACCUACUUCAUCGAAACAAAAAAGUUGAUUUUAUAGAACAGUUCAACGAGAAGCUACUUGUCAAGCAAGAGAAUGAGAAUCUUCAGAUUCUUGAUGUUCGUAAUGCUGAGUUAACUGAAGUUAGUAGAACAGAGUUCAUGACCCCAUCAGCAUUCAUUUUUCUGUAUGAGAACCAGCUAUUCUUGACAUUCAGGAAUAGAACGGUUGCUGUUUGGAACUUCAGAGGAGAACUUGUGACGUCUUUUGAGGAUCACCUUUUGUGGCAUCCUGAUUGUAAUACUAACAACAUUUACAUUACUAGUGACCAGGACCUUAUCAUCUCCUACUGUAAAGCAGAUUCUUACGACCCUCUAACCGAAGGAAAUGCGGGAUCCAUCAAUAUCAGCAACAUCUUGUCAGGGAAGUGCCUUGCUAAAAUAAAAGCAACUGAUAAUGAUACUGCCUCGAACAGUUGCGAUUGCACCACCCAUUGUGGCGGCAGGAGCUGCAAAUCUAAGAGAGUCCAAGCAACCUCAAGAAUUAGAAGCACUGUUGCAGAAGCACUGGAUGACAUCACUGCUCUCUUUUAUGAUGAAGACCGUAAUGAGAUUUAUACCGGAAACAGGUGUGGUCUGGUUCAUGUUUGGUCUAACUGAACAUUCUCCGGUAUGUUACUUUGUUAAUGAUUUGACUUGUCCUAAUGGAGUCUUUGUGAUUUCUAAUGUUGCGUAAGUGUGCUUUUCGUUAUCUAAAGCUUUAUACUGAAGAUGCUACAAUGCGGUUGAGCUGUACUAAGAAUUGACUUGUAGUGGGUUUAUCUGCUUUGUGGUUAGAAGUUUGUACACAGAGUUGGUGAAUAUUAUCUUCAAACAAUUCAUAAACAAUUCAUAAGAGUGUUAUGUUUAAUGCCCAUCUUGAACGCUUCUAC